UAUCUUCAUUCUUCACUCUUUCCCCCCCCCCCCUUAUCCUCCUAUCUAAUCCUCUCAUCUCUCUCCUCCUCUUCCUCCAACAACAACUAACAAUGGCAGCAACUACAACAAUGGCAACCCUCAACCUCCCUUCUCUCACCUCCCACCCAAACUCCUCCACUUUCCCAAAACACCCUCAACCUCUGCAAUUCCCUUUCCGUACCACCACAAACCCUAUUUCCCUCUCUUCCACUCGCACCACCCGUCUCCGCCCUAUCGCCGCUGUCGAAGCCCCGGAGAAAAUCGAACAACUCGGAACUCAGCUCUCCGGCCUCACCCUUGAGGAAGCUAGGGUCCUCGUAGACUGGCUUCAAGACAAGCUAGGAGUCUCCGCGGCGUCGUUUGCUCCCGCUGCCGCUGUUGCUGCCCCUGGCGCUCCUGCCGACGCCGCACCCGCUGUUGAAGAGAAGACGGAGUUUGAUGUCUCAAUUGAUGAAGUACCCAGCAAUGCAAGGAUUUCAGUGAUUAAGGCUGUUAGGGCAUUGACUAGCCUGGGGCUGAAAGAGGCGAAAGAAUUGAUUGAGGGGUUGCCUAAGAAAUUGAAGGAAGGUGUUUCUAAGGAUGAUGCUGAAGAUGCUAAGAAGCAGCUUGAAGAUGCUGGUGCUAAGGUUUCCAUUGUUUAAUUUUGAGUAAUUUUCAAUUUUGUUUUUGUUUUUGUUGUUGGGAGUUGUUGUAAUUUGGUAAAUGUUGGGGUCACUAAAAUCUUUUGUUGCAAUUUUAGCACCUUUUUAUUAGAUAUAUAAAAUUGGGUUUAGAUGUA